UUGGACCAAGCAGCGUAAUAACAUAAUGGAUGAAAGGAACAUAGAGACCAUCAACAACAGACCUGAAUCUGGAGAUGCUUGCGUUAACUUCAUCAACUCAAAGUGUAUUAUCUUGGCUGUGUUAGUUGUUGCCUUAACACUGUUCAGUGUCACUAAAAUCACAGGCUACAAUCAGUCAGAACAAUCUGUUGAAGAUGUGUAUUCAGUUGUGUUUGAUGCAGGAAGCACAGGAUCAAGAGUGUUUGUCUUUCAUUUUCAUUACUUAAUCAGAGGGACAAACAAAUAUAAAGUCACUUUGGAAAAGGAAGUUUUCCAGUCAGUAGAACCUGGAAUCUCAUCUUAUGCUCAUAAAUUGUUUGAGGUAUCAGAAAGUCUUGAACCGUUGCUGCAUAAAGCAGUGAACUCUGUACCAGACAGCUGUAAGGCCAGAACACCAGUUGUAUUUAAAGCUACUGCAGGGCUUAGACUACUAUCAAAGGAAAAAGCUGAGAAUAUCUUACAAGAAGUGAGAAGACUUUUGGUCCAGUCUCCCUUUCAUUUCCCUGACCCACAGCAGGUGAUUGUCAUGAGUGGAGAGGAAGAAGGACUUUUUGGAUGGGUAUCUGUUAACUUUUUGCUAGAUUUAAUAUGGAGCAAACAGCGUGAUACAGUAACUACUUUUGAUUUAGGAGGUGGCAGCACUCAAAUCACAUUUGAAAUAUCCGUAAAGGAGCACCUUAGUGACUAUGAUAUUGAAGAUUUAUUCAAGAUAAAUUUUAAAGAUUUCCCCGAACGAUUCGUCUUCACUAAAAGUUAUUUGACCUAUGGUUUGAAGUCAGCCAGACUAGCAGUUCUGGGGGGAACUGAAGGUCAAAAUAGCAACAUAUCAUAUGAACAAGCUACACAAGAAAAAAUCCUGCUGCAGACACCAUGUUUGGGUGUUGAUCAAAGUUUUCUGUUUUCACAUGCAGAUCUUCACUAUCUAGUCAGGGGAAGCAAUCCAGACCCCAAUGUACUAUCACAAUGUCAGGAAAAGGUAAUCCAGUUUGUGAGAGCUGGUGCUUUAGUCCAGAGUCAGGAAGUAAACAAGAGAGAAAUUCACCUUUUUUCUUAUUUCUUUGAUGUGGCCAGAUGGUCCAAGCUUAUACCAUGGAAUGUAGACAGCCAGGUUCUCCUUGUUGAAGAUUUUUUAUCAGCUGCUGAGAAGUAUUGUCACCGUGAUAGAAUGUCUAGCAAAUAUCCAUUUUUGUGUAUAGAUCUACUUUAUAUACACAAACUUUUGUCUACUGGAGUUGGAUUGCCGGGCAACAAGGAACUUUACGUAGAAAAAAAGAUCCAUGGGAGAGAAGUCAGCUGGUGUCUGGGUGCUGCUCUAUCUCAAGAUUUUUUCACAGUUUCAAGUCUGGCCCAGCGUCAAGUUUAAAGUUGUGAUAUGAAGUUGCAAUAUGUCUUUCAUAUUUUAUCAAGUCUCAAAAAUCCUCACAAGAAUGAAAGAGCUUUUUCCAGUUUUCAUUUUAAAAAGUAAAUACUCAUUAUGCAAUUGUUUUCUUAUUGAUUUUUUUUAAAAAGGCUUUUUGUGUACCUAAAUAUGGUCUAUUGUUAAAUGUGAUCAGUGUUCAUCUUAAUAAGACCACAUUAUAAAAAUAUUUAUUUAUAUAUUUUUUGCUUGACAAAUAAAAAAACAUCAAUGUUCAAAGAAAGUUCUUUGCUUUGUUAUAAAAACAUCAAGAAAACACCUUUAAAAAACAGAAAUAAACACAAGUAUUAAUGUAAGGCGCUGAACUGUUUUUUUCUUAAUCACAGGUGAAGUAGAUGGUCAGAUACAAUUUUAAGCAACAUUUGAUUUUGAAACUGAAAACUAAAGUUUAUUAUUAGAUGUAAAUCUAUAGCCAACUUUUUUUCCUAUUUUAAAAAUCUCAGAUAUACAUUAUUUUUUAUCUUCAUUAUAACAUCUAUUGUCCAGCAUUAAAAAAAUUGUUUUAUUCAUUUUUAUACCUAGACCCACAUUUUUUAUUUAACAAUAAUGGUUUUCAUGAUAUCAAAUUUCAAUGUGUAGGAAAAAAAAUGGUCACAGGUAUCAGCUAUAGCAGACCUCAUUCAAUAAUUUUGUUCCUUUAACACUUGGAAUAACCCACUUGAUGUUAAAUUUUAUUGUUGGGGUGGUGUGCAAUGUAAAUCUUGUUUACUUAUUUGAUUUUAGACUUUUUUAAACACAUGAAAUAUAAACAUUGUUAAAAACCUUGUAACAAUUAAAUAAGUUGUUGAGAGUCUGAUAAACAAAAUUAAACAGCAGACUGUUGAGUAAGUAGAUAUAUCUCUUUCAGAAACUGACUGCUAGGGUAACCAUGUUUUAGAACUUACUUGACAGUACAUUUAUUUCAUAAAAUGUUGGGAUUGCCGAGAUACUAUUCUGGUGGAAUAGUAUUAACUACUUGUCUCUAAAUACUUUACAAACAGCCUACACAUUUACUGCCAAAUACUCACUUGAUGAAUAAAAAAGAA